AGAGGCUUCGGUGCUACUUCUUCGCCGCCCCCACGCAACGCUCAUGGGGAGGGGGAGGGGGAGCGAGAAGGCGCAGCCGCAGCCACCCAAUGAGGAGCGCGCGCCUACUCGGCCCACUCGAGAACAGCGUGUUUCCCUCGCGCGAAGGGCGGGGGAAGGGCAGGAAGGGCGUGGCCAAUCUGAGGGCCGGAACGCACGUCACGCAGCUGCACAGCCAAUCAGGAGCGCGCUCUCCAGGGCGUCGCGAGGCCAGCCUGCCCGCGCGCCCGGAGCCCCUUGCCUCGCGGCCCGCCGGCCGGUCACCGCCGCCUGCUUCCUCCCGCCCGGCCGCUGCGUCGCGUCGGCACCCCGCGGUGUGGGGGCGGGGUCCCGGGGGCGGGCCACGUGACGGACCUGGCAGCCAAUGAGGAGAGCGGGCGGCGGCGCGCAGCACGCGAGGGUCUCCAGCGCUGCGAGCGGGCCGCGUGGCGGAUCGGCGCCGCGUGGAGCCGGCGGCGGGAAGCAGGUCUCCACCUGCACAGAUUUUAUUGCGGAGUUGGGGCAACAUUUUCAAAACACAAUUGUGAGCAUUACAUAUAGCAUUGUGUAAUUUGAACUCCAACUGCAUCUGGAAAUAUUUUAAGAACCAAGAAUGGAAUCCAAGAUUCGUGUGUGUGUUCCUUCCACCCGUCUUGUGGCCAGCCCACGUAGAGGAUGAUGAGCUGCCAUUGCUAGUAGUUAAUGAUACCACAAGUGAUACUCUCUUCUGAGGUUCUAAAAUUUCCAAAUCUGGUGAUGGCCCAGGAUGGUGAGCACAGGAAGAGAACUGCCAGAAAAUCUGUGAGAAACUUGCUGUUAAAUUAAGAGAAUUUACUAUUGUGUCCAUCAUGGAGAAACAACAGUUUGUUUUGGGUAACCGGGAAAGUGGGACUGUGUCUGGUGCAGCACCUACUUUUUUUGUUAUCUUGAAACAGCAGCAAGGAAAUGGGAAAGCUGAUCAAGGAAUUCUGGUAGCAAAUCGCGAUGCUUGUGCUCUUGCCAGCAGUGUGACAAAUCCAGUCAAAUCCAAAGUCAAGACCUGCCUUCCAGCUGAUUGUGUCUCAGGGGGCAUCACUGUCACCUUGGAUAACAACAGUAUGUGGAAUGAGUUCUACCAUCGCAACACUGAGAUGAUUCUGACCAAGCAGGGGAGGCGUAUGUUCCCAUACUGCCGGUACUGGAUUACAGGCCUAGAUUCCAACCAGAAAUACAUUCUAGUCAUGGACAUCUCUCCUGUGGACAAUCACCGCUAUAAAUGGAAUGGUCGUUGGUGGGAGCCCAGUGGGAAGGCUGAGCCCCAUGUUCUGGGGCGAGUGUUUAUUCAUCCAGAGUCACCUUCUACUGGUCAGUACUGGAUGCACCAGCCAGUGUCUUUCUACAAACUCAAGCUUACCAACAAUACUCUGGACCAGGAAGGACAUAUUAUUUUGCACUCCAUGCACCGCUAUCUGCCACGACUUCAUUUGGUACCAGCAGACAAAGCCACAGAAGUUAUCCAGCUAAAUGGCCCUGAUGUCCACACCUUUACCUUCCCACAGACCGAAUUCUUCGCUGUGACAGCCUAUCAGAACAUUCAGAUUACACAGCUGAAAAUAGACUACAACCCUUUUGCUAAAGGAUUCAGAGAUGAUGGACUGAACAGUAGACCUCAGCGUGAUAUAAAGCAAAAUAAUAACUCGGAACAGGAGGGAGGUAGUGUUUCCAGCUCUCCCAGCAAUCGUGGUCGUUCCAUGGAAGCUGAUGGAUUAGAUUCACAGCAGAGGGAUCUAGAGUCUUCAUUCAGUGGUCAGAAUCCAUCGGACAUGGACUUGGAGAAAGACUCCUUUAAUGCAGAACGGGACUUCCUAGGCUUCCUGGAUGCUGACAUGCCUUCUGGUGGUGUCCCAAAGUUAAAGCAAGAAGUAUCUGAAAGUCCCAUCGCUAGCAGUUAUGAAAGCAGCUCCCGAGUGGCAUCUCCGGUGGACCCAAAUGGACAUUUCAAUGUAGUUGUUAAAGAGGAGCCAGUGGAUGACUAUGAUUAUGGGUCAAGUGCAUGCAUAGAAGGAGUAACCGUGAAACAGGAAGAUACAGAUGAGGAAACUGAUGAGUAUUCCAACAGUGAUGAUGACCCCAUACUAGAGAAACAACUAAGGAAACACAGCGAGCUCGAUGGAAAAGAAGCAGACGCCAGGUCCAGGAAACGGAUACUAACCAGCCCUUCAGGUGUUGCUAAAGCCAAAAUGUUAAAAUUCGAUAGUGGGAAGAUGCCAGUAGUUUAUUUGGAGCCCUGUUCAGUCACUAAGAGUACAGUGAAAAUCUCUGAGCUGCCAGAGACCAUGCUCUCAUGUAAGAAAGAUAAAUCCUCUUUGAGUGCAAUACUAGAUUCCUUGCCUGCCUAUUUUGAAAAUCACAAGGGUUCUUGCUUAGGCAUGGCCAUGGAAACUGAGAAAGUAGCUGUGAGAAAAAUGUCUCCUGGAAACAAAGUGCUACAGAAAUACUAUUCAGUCAAAGAGAGACAAUGGACCAUAUCUAAAUCCUCUAAUCUCAAUCCCAGGGGCUCUGCAGGUAGCUCUUUUUCAGCUAAACAUGUCACUGGAAGAAAAAAAACAAGAGUAUUAAAGAAUUCCAUGUCCCAGAAGAGCACUGGUACUAAUCAAAACUCUGUGUCAUCAGGCCCAAGUAGAAGAGGAAGGCCGCGGAAGCUGAAGAUCUCCAAGGCUGGACGACCCCCUAAAAACCUGGGAAAGACCGCAGUGACAAGCAAGAAUGCUUCUCUUGGACCAGGAAAUAUCCUUCCAGAUGUUAAGCCAGAUCUUGAGGAUGUGGAUGGAGUUCUCUUUGUGUCCUUUGCAUCAAAGGAAGCACUUGAUAUUCACACUGUUGAUAGAGCUGGAGGAGAAGAGUCACAGAGUGUACGGACCCCCAUGCUAACUUCAAGUGAUCCAGAUUGCGAAGCACGAAUAUGCCAGCUUGAAAAAGAACUCAUGGAAGAUCUAAAGUCCUUGAGGCACAAGCAAGUGAUACAUCCUAGUCUUCAGGAAGUGGGACUGAAGUUGAACUCUGUGGACCCAACACUGAGCAUUGACCUAAAAUACUUGGGUGUGCAGCUGCCACUUUCCUAUUCAAACUGUUCUUUGUGGAACUACCCAGGAGUCAAUCCAAGUUCUCCAGAUGGUGCGUUUCCCUUUGUUUCCAGGACAGGGAAGACAAACGAUUUCACCAAGAUCAAGGGUUGGCGAGGGAAGUUUCAUGGUGCUUCUAGAAAUGAAGGUAGUAGCUCAGAGGGCUCUUUGAAGAACCGCUCUGCAUUUUAUAGUGACAAACUGGAUGAAUACCUGGAAAACGAAGGGAAACUGAUGGAAACAAGCCUGGGAUUCUCUGCUAGUGCUCCCACCUCUCCUGUGGUUUAUCAACUUCCAACUAAGAGUACUAGCUAUGUACGAACUCUGGACAGUGUUCUAAAGAAGCAAUCCAACAUAACUCCAUCAACAUCUUAUACUUUCAAGCCUUUAUCAGUGUCUUCUACCUCUAGGAGGACAAAGACUCAGAAUAAACAGGCUGCUUCAAACAGCCGCUCAAAACCAUCUUACAAACCUAUACUGCCUUCACCUGUUGUUGUGAAGCAGAAACAUGGCUUUUCAGGGUCAGGGGAGAGGGUCACUAAGUCUGCAGCGAGUAGCAGUGCUGCUAAUCAAGGAGAUAAUUUUAUGGUGCCAGCUCUAGAUGAAAACAUGUUGCCAAAGCAGAUUAGUCUGCGUCAGGCACAGCAGCAACAGGCUGCUCGUCUACCAGGUUUGUCCAAAUCUCAAGUGAAGCUGAUGGACUUGGAGGACUGUGCACUUUGGGAUGGAAAACCACGGACCUAUAUCACAGAAGAAAGAGCGGACAUAUCUCUGGCAACUCUGCUCACUGCUCAGGCUUCUCUUAAAAAUAAGCCUAUCCACAAAAUAAUCAGAAGGCGAGCACCUCCUUGCAACAAUGAUUUCUGCCGUCUGGGUUGCAUCUGUGCUAGUCUUGCCCUGGAGAAGCGUCAGCCUACCCAUUGCCGCAGGCCAGACUGCAUGUUUGGCUGCAUAUGUUUGAAAAGAAAAGUGUUGCUGGUAAAAGGUGGUUCCAAACACAAGAGAAUCUUGAAGAGGGCUGUGCGUGGAAGCCUUGUCUUCUAUGGAACACAAGGGGAAGACCAUCAAGAAGAAGAGGAGGUGGAAGGGGAGCGUGAUGGGGAAGAUGAGCUGAAACAGAAAGACAGGAAGAAGAGAAAGAAAGUGGAAUACACUAUUUGUGAUACAGAACCAGAGCAGCCUGUUAGGAACUGCCCACUGUGGGUAAAAGUUGAAGGUGAGGUAGAUCCAGAACCUAUUUACAUCCCAACACCAUCUGUCAUUGAACCAGCAAAACCUAUGGUGCUGCCUAACCCAGAAGUUUUGCCCUGCAGUCGAAGCAGAUCUUCCAGUACGGUCAAACCAGGACGAGUGUACACUCCCAAACCCAACCCAGUGAUUCGAGAGGAGGACAAGGAUCCUGUCUACUUGUACUUUGAGAGUAUGAUGACUUGUGCUCGGGUCAGAGCAUAUGAACACAAGGUGGAGGAGAAAAAACAACAGAAGAACCAGAACAUCAGUAAUUUGAAGAAUUGUAGUGUAAAGGAAAGCUUAGGAAAUGAUUCUGAGCAUCAGUCUCCUAAAAGAGAAACUUGUGAAAUGGAGAAAGAUACUAAUAAGUCAGAAGAGAAAAGCUGGUGGUCUUCCUGUAGUGAGGGGGAAUCCUCCUCCACCUCCUAUGUUCAUCAAACCACUCCAGGUGGGCCAACCAAACUUAUCGAGAUUAUCUCUGACUGCAACUGGGAGGAGGAUCGCAAUAAGAUAUUGAGCAUCCUUUCACAGCAUAUCAACAAUAACAUGCCACAGUCAAUCAAAGUGGGUAGCUUCAUUAUUGAGUUGGCUUCAGAACACAAACCCCAGGAUGAGAAGAGUCCUCCCAGCUACUCCUCCAGAGUGAAAAUCUCAAUGCCAUCCUACCAGGACAAGGGAGAGAAGCCCGAGACACCUGUCUUGGAGACUCCUGAUAGUGAAGUGUCAUCAUGCAAAAAAACAGAGAAUCUAAAGUUCUUGCAGGCAGACACCUUGGACAAACAACAAGAGAAGUUGCAUGGGGGCAAAGGUUUGCCUUUUUAUACAGGGCUUUCUCCUGCAGGAAAGCUGGUCGCCUACAAACGCAAAGCUAAUAUGAGCCCCUCAGGCUUGAUUCAGGUUAAUGGUAAAAGUUACCCUCAGGCCAAACUGCUUUUGGGACAGAUGGGGGCAUUGCAUCCAGCCAAUCGGCUAGCUGCUUAUAUCACAGGCAGGCUGCGACCCACAGUACUUGAUAUCUCAACUCUCAGUACUGUGAUCUCCAAGGUAGCAUCCAAUGCUAAGGCAGCUGCUUCCAGGACACCAUCAGUCCAGGUGCCCACAACAUCAGCUCCCAAAACUACAUCCUCCACCAGCACUACUUCAACCCCCACUGUGACGACUCUGAAAGCUCAUGUCCCAGCACAGAGACAGAUAGCUGCUCGACCCUCACCUGGUGGUGUGUUCACACAGUUUGUGAUGAGUAAAGUUGGAGCUCUGCAACAGAAGAUUCCUGGAGUGAGCACACCACAGCCCCUGACAGGGCCACAGAAGUUCAAUAUCAGGCCUACACCAUUAAUGGUCGUCAGUCCCGUGGUUCCCUCAAGGCCAUCUCCGGUAUACUGCACACUCUCUUCUGGGGUCACUGCAGCUACCACCACCUCUCCAGUUACGUUAGAAAGUGUUACCACUGUGGCACCAUCUACUGUGGCAACAACUACUGUGACCACAACUGGCCCUACAGGAGCUAAUGAAUCUACCUACUCUCCUCCCGGCAUUGCCAUUACAGGUGCUCCUGGAACAUCUGGAACCACCGCCUGUACUACUGCCUCACCCAGCACACCUACUGACACUGUGAACGUAGCAAAAACAACUGAGAUGGCUACACCAGUAGCAACAGUAUCAUUUCCUAAAUCUGUAGUAACAUCACCAACAGUUACUCAUCCUGUUCCCACCACCUCCACUUCCACAGUUGUGACGACAACUGCAGUAGUGACAUCCACGGUGACCACGCCAACUUCAUCUAUUGGUUCUGUUCCUAUUAUACUCUCGGGGAUUAAUACAGGUCCUUCACUGAAUCCAAGACCGGAAGAUGCUGCUCCUCUUACUACAACUGCAAAUCCCCAGGGGCUGCCUUCUGGAACAGAAAAGCGUGUGGGACCUCGAUUGCUACUGAUUCCAGUUCAAGGCGCUCCUCCUUUGCGACCCCUCCAUAAUGUGCAGCUUGCUCAGGGGCAGAGGAUGGUCUUGCAGCCUCUCAGGAGCCCUGGUGGGGUAAACCUGUUCAGACAUCCUAAUGGGCAGAUCAUCCAGCUUGUCCCACUGCAUCAGCUCCGAGCUGCUGGCACCCAACCCAAUGUUCAGCCAGUAAUGGUCCGUAAUCCAGGAUCUGUUGUAGGAAUUCGGUUGCCUGGACCUUCUAAGCCUCCUGAGACGCCUGUAUCUCCUACUCUCUCCACUCCUGUGUCUUCUGUUUCCCCUGUAACAAGCCCAGUAGUACAGACUAUGGGAUCCAUGUCUCCACAAGCAGCUAAUCUGGUUACUCAAGCAUCAUCCAUCCUACCACCAGUGCCCUGUUUUGUAUCACAAGCAAGCACUCUGACUCUGAGGAUCUCACCUCCAGCUUCCAGCACCAUGGCAGGUCAAACGUGCUCUGAAACUAAAGUAACCCAAAGCUCAGGUGGUCAGCCAACUAGUGCUGCCAAUCUCAUACCACUUCAGUCUGGCAGUUUUGCUGUGCUUCAGCUCCCAGGACAGAAGUCUGUUCCUAACUCCAUUCUACAUCAUGUGGCAUCCCUUCAGGUAAAGAAGGAUUCCAAGAAUGUAAGCCAGAAAGAAGAGGAGCUAAUUCCUACUAAGCAGCAAGAGGAUGAGAAGACCUCACAGCCAGAAGAGGUUGAAGUCAUGGAAUCGGAGGUCACCGUUUCAGACAGCAAACCAGAGGAAAAUGAAUUGUCAGUAGAUCAGUUAACUAGUACUGGGGAGUCAGCAGCUAGUAUGAUGUUAUCUGACAGAAACUCUGUUGCAUCUGAAACAGCUGACAGGGAUUCAGAGAUGCUGGAGGAUUACUCAAAUGACACUUCCACCUUCCAACAUGAUGUGUCUGCUGAUGUGAUAUCAUCAGACCACUCGUACAUCAGUGAGAAAAAUAAAGUUGUGACUGAGAAGAAAGAGAUACCUGUAGAUUCUGAAGAGGCAUCAAGGGAGGUUUCAGAUAAUGCUGAAACUGUUUUGCAAGUAUCAGAUCAAACCAGUCUGAUAGCAGAUGAGCCUACAAAUACUACAUAUCCACUGAGUUUCAGGAAGCAGGAAGAGGCUGCAGAGGCUAUGGAAUUAAAGAGCUGUGGGGUGGAACAAAUGAACUCUGAACAGGCAGAGAGCCCGGAUACUAAUCAGGAGGAAAAUGCACAGUCACAGAACAAAGGGAAGGACACCGUGGAUGCUGCACAGCCACAGAGUCCACAGGAGAAGCAAGAGCAUUAUGCAGAGUUGGAGAGUAAAGAGGAGCAGAAGACUCAGCCUCCUGACAACCAGAAAGAACCUGAAGACAAUGCUGCAGAGCCAGAGGUCAAAAAAGAAUGUGAGGGAUCUACAGAGGCAGAGAGUAUCAGGGAAGAACAAGGAAAUAAAUCUGAGAUCAGUCACACAGGGGAGAAGAAUACGACCUCAGGAGAGAAACAUGUACAAAGUAAUGAGGGCUGUAAAAGUUUGGUAAUCCAAGAAAGCCAUGGCACACCUAACCAAGGGCAAGGCACUGCUGAUUUUCAGGAAGAAGGAAGAACUGGUAAGGUUGAUUCAAAACGUGUCAGUGAUUCUGGGAACAAAAUAUCUAAUCAUGCAACCACUUCCAAAAAUAAAAGUAGUGCAGAGAGUGAUGAUAAAACUGAGAAAUCUGCUAAAGAUUAUCUCCUAACAGCAGAAGAGAGAGCACAAGAACUCAAACAUCACAAAAAGGGUUAUAUACCCACUGCUGAUACUGCUCUUGAUUACCUGGAAGAGGAUGAUGAGGAUGAGGAUGAUGAAAAAACUGAUGAUUCCGCUGAUGAGAUGCUGGAUGGAGCUUCUGACUUCCAGAGUGAAGAGGAAGUGGAUGUUGAAAAACUGGUCUCCUUUAGCUCAUCAGAGAGAAGCCCCACUGCUGUUAGACAUGAUGUAUAUUGGCUGAAGAAGAAGGAGGGAAGAACUAAUUCGUGCGAGUACAGCGAGGAUGAAGAGCAGGUGGACAUUGAAACUGUGGAAGAACUGUCAGAGAAGAUUAAUAUUGCUCGUCUGAAGGCCACUGCUGCUAAUAUUCGACCUUCCAAGCAGAAAUACCAUAUGCGCAGCUCUUCAGAUGAGAAAACAACAGAAAAGUCUACUAAGAAACCUCAAUUUUGGAACAGAAAGCAAAAGAGUGAGGCAGAGGCUUUUGCUCAUUACCGCCAGACGCACACAGCAAAUGAACGUCGACGCCGCAAUGAAAUGAGGGAUCUUUUUGAGAAGCUGAAGGGAGCUUUGGGACUGCACAACAUUCCAAAGGUCUCCAAGUGCUACAUCCUCAAACAAGCCUAUGAAGAAAUUCAAGGGUUGACUGAUCAGGCAGAUAAACUGAUUGGACAGAAGAACUUACUGACUCGCAAACAGGAUGCGUUGAUCCGCAAAGUAUCCACUCUUUCAGGUAAAACAGAGGAGGUGGUCCUGAAGAAGCUAGAAUAUAUUUAUGCCAAACAAAAAGCAGUAGAAGCGCAAAAGAAGAAACAAGUAGAACCAAAGGAGUCUUCUGUCACCACCAUGCCCAAUAGACAGCAAGAAGGAUCCAUUACUUCCUCCAGAGAGCUGGGACAAAUGAUUGUAACAAAUCGGCGAGGGAAGCCGCUGAUACUUGCUAGAAAAGGAAACCAGGCAACAGAGGAAACCACAUCCCCUCCUCUGACACUAACUACUGCCAGCCUAGUGAUGACUCCACAAGGGCAAGUACUCACAUUGAAGAGCCCCCUAAUGCCGGGGCAGAUGGCAGCUGUUCCUUCCACACUCUUGCAAGCUGAGCUAAAGCCUCAAACUGCCAGCAACACUGUGACAGCACAACCAGGUAUUACUUCUGUGAUGAUUCAGCUACCUGGCUCACCAGUUCCUGUUCAAGUGAAAGGAAUCUUUACUAACUCCACCAUUCCCAUUGCUCUGUCAGCUGUUGCUGGAAACGCAGUACCACCAGCUGUAGUAACAGCUGUAGAGCCCAGUUCAGAGAGUGAAGAUUUGUUCAUGAUGCCAAAAAUUGUUAAUGUGACAUCAUUGGCUGGUGAAGGAGGCAUGAGUUUAAACCUCAAUAGAAACAAGAGUUCUCAAAUAACCCCUGGUGCAAGUGCCCAAACUUCUGAGCAGCCCUUGAAAACAGGACUUCGUGAAAGCAAGCAGAGUGAAGGCAUUCUUUCUGAAGAGAAAGCCAAGGCAUCUUCUGGCAGUAGCGCUGGAGAUGGGAAAAGUGCCAAAGGACCCACACCAGUUUUUCUUGAAAAUAAAGACAGCAGCAUUUCACAGCUACGGAAUGCAUCUUCUGCAAAGGACUCUCAAGAGCCCUUUACCACAAAACUCUGCCUUGGAGAGUUCAUUGGAUGCCAAGGGAGAAGGAAGAAUGCUGAUCAGGGAGGAGAAAGGUUGAAGGCAAAGGAUUCUCCAUUCCGUAAACUGCAGAUUAAAGAGUUCAAAGACUCCAGGAUAGAAAUGGAGUUGAGAAAAGUCGCCUCUGCAAUAGAGGAAGCAGAACUGGACCCAAGUGAGAUACUGGGUGGCAUUGAGGAGAGUGAUGACACUGAUGAAACUCUCACUUCACUUCUCAAUGAAAUUGCCUUUCUCAAUCAGCAGCUUAAUGAUGACAAUUCGAGCAUGUCAGAGUUGCCUAGCACCCUGACCACAGACUUUUCUCCAGGAGACUUAGAAACUCGAAGAGGAGCAGCCAGUGAUCUAGUCGCUGCAGAUGGCACAUCCUUCCAGUUCGGCCACUUGGGUGGCAGUUUCAGACCUUCGGACCUUUCUGAAGUUCGAGGGGGUAGUGGCUCCAUCAGUCCUCUGCUGCUUCACUUGGAAGAUGAUGACAUAACUGAUGGUGAGAAGAACUCUGGAGAACCUUCAAGUGAAGCAGACAUUUUGAAAAUAGUGAUAGGCUCUGGAAUGAAGGAUGCACUUCCUAACCUCUCAGUGGCUGGUGGUAGAAGUGGUAAAACCUUAAAACCUAUGGCAGAGCCUCCCAGUGUGACUCCUCCAGUCCUGCAGAUGAAGACUAAUUCAGAAGCUGGUACUGACACUUUGUGGAGGCCCAUGCCAAAGCUGGCACCACUUGGAUUAAAAGCAGCAAAUCUUCCAUUAGACUCAGAGGGACAGGGAACUAAAGUGAUGCCUUUAUUGGCUCCAGUGGUUGCAAAACUGACACCAGUUGGGUUAAAAACUGCAUUACCUACGGGUGUUCCAGAAGGACAAGACAACAAAGCAAUGCCCAUUUUGGCACCUGUGGUUGCAAAAGUGAACAGUACUGGGACCUUGCCUCCAAAUACUGCAAGCAAAUGACUGCUUGGAUUUUUCAGAGACAGAAAGGGAAAUCUGGAGCAGUUAGGCCUUUAACAGGAAUUUGGUGUCUGAGUUUUACCACUUCCCGUGUCACCACAACUUGUUCUUGUUGUUCUGCAGAGGAAGUAUGGCAUCAGCAUUCUGUUCUGAAUGAGGGCAGGUCCCAGACUAAAACAUCAGUGCUAUGAAACUUUAAUUGCAUUAACAUAUUUUACCUCAGUAUUGUGUUUGGGGUAUUAACCCUGCUUUCCCCCCCCGUCCCCCCCCCAAUGAAAAGAAGGAAGCUGAUCUAUAACUGUUGAUGGACGUGUGGUAUCCUUCCAAUGUUGUCUAGGAAAGCAGAGAUUUGAUGGGCACAGACAGUUGAGAUGUUUGUUUCUGAACAGACUAGGCUGCUUCUAGAUGAAGGGAAUCAGGGGUGCUAGUUUUUAUACCAGUCAAAUUAUCUAUGCAGAAGUAGGGUUGUUCACCUGUUUAGUUUUUGAAGAGCCCACAGCCUGUGGUGAACCUGUGGAAAGGAGAUGGAAAUAACCUUGUUCACACAAGUUGCCCUAAAUGAAGGAAGGAAAAGCUGGCGUAGGUUAUCCAGAAGGCUGAAGUGAGAAUUUUCCCAUUUGCUGAGAGAGUUAGUCUCCUGCCAAAACUCUUCUCUAGAAUAUUUCCACAAUAAAUCUUAAAGCUUACAUAAAGAAGAACAUUUUUCCAAAUUAAAAAAUAAAAUAAAACCACAUGAUAUUCUUCCUUGAGUAAGCAUCCAGGAUGAGAAAAAAAACUCUUCAGAUGGGAGAAAGGGAGAUAAGUUCUCUUCAGACAGGAGAAAUGCAUUUGAGUACCCGAGUCCAAACAUCUAAAAGGUAUUGCUUAAGUAACUUGUGUUAAUUUCUCUCAUUUCUCUUUUUCCUUUCCCUCCCUUCCCCUUAGUUCUCACAAAUGUAGAGAUUUCUGAUACAUUUACAGGAAAUGUUACUUUUUAAAGAAAGUUACACUUUUUUUAGGCCUAUUAUAACCCAAAAAUGAAGAUAAGUGAGGUGUAUAUGUAUGUGUUUAUGUAAAUAUAUCCUUCCAAACCUUCCAUUUCUGUAUGAAUUCAGGAAAGGUACUCAGAGGUUUCUCACUGCAUUUGCACAAGAUGUGUAUAGCAAAACCCCCCCCCAGAUAUGUUCAUUACCAGGGAAAUAGGGCAGUAUUUGAGUCACAAGAUGUAUUUUUUAUUCUCCUCUGCCACCAUUUACUCAAUAACCUGUAGAUACUCUUCACUGUUAAGCCGUUGGAUGUGAAGGGCCUGCAGAUUGUAAAGAUAUUUAUAUUUUUGUACACAAAUUUUGUUUUCAUAGCUUCUUUGAAGAAUUACAUUUUCAGCCUAGGAGAGAAGAUUUGUUAAUGAGUGUAUAAAUUAAUUUUCCUAUCUAGUUUGUAAAUACUAGGAAUUAUGGUGCACUCGAGGGGCUUCUUAGAUGCUCCUAUGAGGUGAAAAUCAUUGCUGUGAACAUGGAAUAGAAUCUGGGAAAUAGUUGAUGCAUUUUGCCUUUCUUGCAGAAUUGUAUUUAGGAAUGUAAUUCCAUAUUCCCGAUAUCCCAACAGCAGCAGUUGGGAUUUCUUCCCCUCCCCUUUGUGAUGCACUAAUACAAAAGCUUUCCUCUCUCCCAGCACCAAGGUUGUGCCUGUGUGUGUGUGCGACACUUACCUGCCGGGGCUGUGAGAUUCUUCCACUGUUAGGGAGUAGUGUCAAGCGGUGUACAUUUAGCAGAACUGUAUGCCGUAUUCAGUAAGCUAAAUCCUUUGGAUCUGUGUCUAGAAUGGCUUUGUCAGGGGAUAUGGAUACCUUGUGGUUUAUUUCCUUUAUUACAAUUUUCUGUUAGGCUGCAGAGCAAAUAGAGAGUUUGUAAAACAUGUAUACAUAAAGUUACUCCAAAGUCUGCCUAAUAAUGGAGGUUUCCUCACCUCAGUAUGCUAACUGGCAUGUUGUAAAGCAGUCGGACAGUUGGAUAUCACUUCUGUUGCCUUUGCUUAUUUAAUGGUUUAACUUCAUUUUGUGUCAUAAAUGCUUAAUCUCCUUCCUGCGUUAGAGGGUUUUGAGAAGAUGACUUGGGUUGGCAUGAGAGUCAUGCAAAGCUGUGUACAGCUGUCAUGCAAUGCCUUAGAAAAGGGAAAUAGUACCUAAAUACAUUUUAUACCCAGUGCAUAGAUAUUAAGGGAAGAAAAUUAACCCCACGACAUCAUCUGGAGUAAUGAUACUGACCUUAGUGGAGUUACUCCAGACUUGAAUUGAUUUACCUGGGAACCUGGUUUGGGGCAUCUUUUAACAGGCUGAAGUUACUUGUUGUUCUGCCUAAGACGGUUUGAUUUGCCAGUAAAUUCCACUUUUGCUUUGCAUGAAACAGCAGCUGACAGCACGCUGAAAAACCUAUCUAAUGUGCAGUACCCCGUUUCCUUUCUGCUGCUCCUUCUUUGCACCCCACCCCCUUCAUGAUUCAAAGUGGCUAAUUUUAACUACAGAAAGGUGCAUUAAUGAUUUUCUGUACACAAAAAAAAAAAAAGUUUUGCAUUUCGUAAGACAGGUAUAUUAAAGUCAUACACUCAUUUUAGAAUUGCCCUCCCUGCCUUGAGGGACCUCUUGCCAAUCAUCAAGGUGGUGGAAAAUGCCUGGAUAUGUUUAUGAUUUGGCAGCAGGCAGUCAGGAAUUCCUGCUGUAUCAAAGGCAUACAGUUGAGAUAAAAGGUGACAUGCCUUAUUUCACAAAGGUGUCACAGAAUCAACUGGGAACAAACCCCGACUUGAACUGUGGAAAGAACCACUUGGCACAGCUCCAGGAGAGGUGUUUGGCAGGUUCUGCUUAGCAACAAAGCCUGUUUGAAAUGAUCAUCAGUCUUUUGCUUUUUGUAGUCCUCACCUCCCAUCUCUGCAGCUUUGUUUAGUUAUGAAUUUGAAUGCUGACGCCACCCCUGCCACUGUUGGUUUGAAACAAAUCUUUCGGAAAUCAUGUACACAAUUUUAAGAGACAGUAAUGCAAGGAUGUGUGACUUGUGUAGCAAGAGGGUUUGGAAUCGGGAGAACAAUGGAAACCCCAGCAAGGAGCAUAUUCUCACUAGACCAAGAGCCCUGGAGAUUUGGUUUUGUUUUUUAUACAUCUGUAAAUAGCCUGGAAUGUUUUUAAGAAUAUAAUGAAAUGUCAGAUUUAGCUUUUUUCCCCCCUUUUUAUAUAUUGAAAUAUCUUUCCCUCUUUUCUGCUUUUGAAAAAUGGAUAUUUUUGUAGAAAUCUAACAAUACAGACUAUUCAAUGACUGUAUGUGAGGGAGAAAGUGUAAAACUAAAAUAAACCAAUCAAAUUCAACCAGAAA